AUGGAUGGCAAGAAAAUCUCGAAAAACGUGGCAUUAGCCCUCAAAAAGGAAGAAUUCCACUACUGGUCACCCCAAGAACUCGAACAAGGCGUCAAGAGAUAUCGCAACCUGAAGGCUCUGAUAAAAGACCCCGAAUUCCACGAAGAGAUCACGAGACCGGCAACAGUAGCCAACAGCACAGGAGGAAGAGUCGAACCAACCCUACAGCCACCUCCUCCACAAGAACAACAACAGUGGCAACUACCGUACCGACCGCCACAUCCCACGGUCUCUCCGUUAACAGACUUCCAACCAUACGAGUCAACAGACCGUAUCGGAAAGCAAUUAACAGAAUUCGCGAAACUGUACCCCGACGAUAUGAAAUACAGCGGCGAUAUGUACGAUGUACUCGAAAAGAAGAUGCCAGUAUUCGUGGAUCACUGUAGAAUGCUGGGAAUUCACACCUCCCAAUACAACAGGGCACUUCCCCUAAUACUGAAAGGAAUAGCCAAAACCUACUUCUACGCCUCGAUUAAAGUGAUCAACCCACAGCCCAACUUCGAGACCAUGAUCAACCAAUUGAAAUCACACUUCGAGACUAGGGAAAGGCAACAAGCGUACGUUACGCAGUGGAAUACAACUACUCUUCCCCAAAUCAUUCGCGAUAACCCUGGAAAGACCAAAUCGGAGUGUUUUGACAUACUAUGUGACAAAUUAAGCAAGAUUCAGCCCGGUUUGCCACAACAGGAUCACAACGACCGAUCCCUCCAUACCCAACUUCUACACGCUUGUAGAGAUAUUCCAGAGUGUGCAAUGGCGUUAUUUGUACCGGCUGAGACGUACGAGGGACUUCGCAGCCAAUUAAUCUCGUCGAUCGAGACAGCUACCCGUCUCAACCAACAACAAUUCAACACAGUAGCCAACCCACCAGAGCAGUACUGGACCGACAGAACUUUCAACGGUCGAGGGCGUUAUUCACGAUACAGUCGUUCAUCACGAAGUCGAUCAUCACGAGGAAGAAGCCGUGACAGACCCCUAUUACCGCCAACGCCUAAGAAGUGCUACGUGUGUGGAAAACCUAACUGCUGGUCAACCAAACACACCACAGAAGAGAGACGAAAAGCGUACGAGAAGUUCAAAACCACCCAAUAUGCCCAGGAUACGUCACUUCCAGCAUAUGGCCAAUUUCUCGUCCAAUACGAGGGUUUCGACGGGUUAGACCUACAACCUACCGCCGAAGACCCCCAGCAAUACUACCACGUAACCGAACAAACCAGUGAAAGUGACGAAGAGGAAGAGACCGGCAGCGACAGUCAAUUCCAGGUCACCGCCUAUUUCACUACAACAGCAAUUGACGGCAACAGGAUCGCCACGAUCCUAGCAGACCAGUCAACCCGCCAUGCUAUUACGAAAGAAGACCUCUUCCGCAACCAACCAGAACCGAAAGAGCUACCUUCGCAAUUCACACUCGAGGGACGCUACUCUGCCCAGAACUUCCAAGGGAUCAUGCCCGACUCGGGCGCAGCAGGAUUCUCAACCGCUGGCCACCCACAAUUCGUGGCCCUACAACAAAUUUACGAAGGAAUUACGUUAAACACUGAGGCGGCUGGCGGCGUUACAGUGAAAUUCGGCGAUGGGAUACCACUGGAGUCUAUAGGGACUACCAAAGUGCCAACGCCGUUUGGAAGCGUCAAAUUUCACGUUAUUGAGACUAACACUCCCUUCCUUAUGUGCCUAGGAGAUAUGGACCGAUUGAAGGUCUACUUUAACAACGUUACGAAUACCCUCAUCCAAGGAAAUAAGGUCGUACCUAUUAUUCGCAAAUGGGGCCACCCAUGGUUAUUACUCGAUAAGGAGAAACCACUCGCCUGGAACCACCUCACAGACGCUGAAUUGCGACGGGUUCACCGUCGCUUCGGACACCCAUCUGUUCAACGAUUACACAAGGUGCUCCAGAGGGCCGGCCACCCAGUUGAAAUUACGGCAAUUGAGCAACUAUCGAAAGUCUGCCAUCGAUGCCAAAUGCACGCACCAGCGCCAUCACGGUUCAAAUUCACGUUACGAGACGAUUACGAAUUCAACUACGAGGUUAUCGCCGACGUGAUGUACCUUGAGGGUAACAGACCGGUCCUCCACGUCGUCGAUACCGCCACGGCGUUCAACGCCGCCCGGUUCCUUGAGGACAUUUCUGCGAAAGCCACUUGGGAAGCCCUACGCCUCUGCUGGAUAGAUGUGUAUCAGGGACCCCCAGACUGGCUAGUUACCGACGCUGGAACAAACUUCCGCUCAACAGAAUUCCGAAACGCGGCGAGAGGAAUGGCAAUUGAAAUCAAGGAAAUUCCCAUAGAAGCCCACAACAGUAUUGGGAAAGUUGAACGAUACCAUACACCUCUAAGGAGGGCGUACGAAAUCAUCAGAGCAGAAGACCCAACAAUUACGCCAGAAUCAGCACUUCAAACAGCAGUCAAAGCAGUCAACGAUACUGCUGGCCCGAACGGAAUAGUGCCAACACUCUUGGUAUUCGGCUCGUACCCACGAAUUACCGACGAUUCGCCGCCAUCUCCCGAAGUCACAAGGCGGGCGAAAGCGAUUAAGAAGGCGACGAGCGAAGUACGCGAACUUCACGCAAGGCGACAGGUGGCAGAAGCUAUCGCCACCCGCAAUGGCCCUGAUACAGGGCCAAUUGUUAAUUUACCGCUACGGUCGCAAGUACGAGUAUGGCGCGAAAAGAAGGGCUGGACCGGACCGUUUACUUUAGCAGCCAUAAACGGCGAAACCUGUACUGUCGAUACGCCACGUGGUCCGAAGACCUUCCGGUCUACCGUAGUCAAACCAUACUACGAAGAUCCCGAUCAACCACCUAAUUCCAUCGCCGCGCCAGAAGAAGAAGAACCCGAAGCUGAGAUACCGCAGCAGGAAGUAGUACGCGACGAAAUUAUCGUCGCCGGCGGAGGCAGUGAACCGGACGAACCGCAAGAGGCACCGGAGCCACCGAGAAGACGCCCGGGCAGACCCCGGAAGAGACCACUGCCAAUCGCCCACUUCACAGAGGAAUUCAACGAUGACCCGGAUUAUCAACAAAUAUUCCUAUCGAUUAAGGAGCAAGCAGACGAAGAAUUAGCAAUCAAACUACGACGAGAAGGUGUUAUUACUACACCAGGCGAACCGUUCGAACAGUCAACUAAACAAGAGACCAACAGCCUCAUCGCUAGAGGAGUGUUCAAAUUCACCCAGUUCAAUAAGAGAAGGCACCAGAACGUACGAAUCUUCCGAUCUCGUAUCGUCAACGAAGUCAAGGGUAAAACAACCGAACCCUACGAGAAAUCGAGACUUGUAAUACAGGGUUACGCCGACGAUGGCAAGAAGGCUAUAUUGACCCAAUCGCCAACGAUUCAGCGGGCGAGUCAACGGCUAAUUCUGUCAAUUACCCCGUCACUCCUACGAGAAGGGAAACAACUAUGGCUUCGAGAUAUCACACAAGCCUACGUUCAAUCCUCCACAAGGCUCAAUCGUACUAUUCUCGCCUACCCACCGAAGCAAAUUCAAGACCAGUACCCAAAAGGGACCAUUAUGGAGGUUGUGAAGCCUCUGUACGGAAUCGCAGAAGCUGGAACCCACUGGUAG